AUGAAGAAGGCAGCUAAGGAGUGCUGGGAUGAACGGAGCGAAGAAGAUUUUGGGGAAGUAAAGGCGAUUCUCACGCAACCGCCGGUGAUGGGCCGACCGGAGGUGGGCCAUGACUUGCAGGUCUUUUUAGAGGCAACGGAGGAAGCUAUAAGUGCUGCGUUGAUCCAAGAAACCCCUCAGUUCAAGCUGGUAUACUUUCUUAGUAGAAGUCUUAAGGAUGCCGAGAAGAGAUAUCAACAGUUGGAGAAGGUGGCUCUGGCAUUGGUAUAUGCCGCUCGGCGCCUAAGGCCUUAUUUCCAAGGGCAUCAGGUGGUCGUCCGGACGGAUUACCCGAUUGCCAAGAUUUUGCGAAAGCCGGACUUGGCAGGGAGAAUGAUAAGCUGGUCGGUGGAGUUUGGGUUAAAGUUCGAGCCUAGGGGGUGCAUUCGAGGACAACAUCUUGCGGAUUUUGCUGGGGAAUUGUCAAGUGAACCGGAGGCAUAUUGGUGGCAGCUGUCCGUUGAUGGAUCCUCUAACAAGCGUGGGGGAGGAGCGGGGGUAGUACUAGAAGGACCGAACGGGAUCUUAGUAGAACAGUCGUUGGUCUUCCAAUUUAAGGUAAGUAACAAUCAGGCAGAAUAUGAAGCCUUGAUAGCAGGAUUGGAGUUGGCUCGGGAUUUAGGGGCAAGUUGUUUGGAAUGCCGAACUGAUUCGCAGUUGGUGGAGGGACAGGUGAAAGGCACUUUUCAAGUGAAGGAUGAUCAACUCUUGCAGUAUUUCAAUAAGGUGAAGAAGUUAGAAGCGGCUUUCGCACACUUUCGGUUACAAUAUGUGCUCCAAUCGGAGAAUGAGAGAGCAGACAGAUUGGCGAAAUUGGCAAGCGGGAAUGCAAAGGGGGGAUUGUCAACAGUUAUUAGGCAGGUGGUGACUAGGCCAAUGAUAGAGAGUUUUUGUGUGGUUACGGGGGAACAAAGUAAAAGCUGGAAGAACGAGAUCAUCGGGCUGAUAAUUAAACAGACUAGGGGGGAGACGCUUAACCCGAACGAUGUUAGGCAGAUAGCUAGGUAUUGUUUGGUGGGGGACGAUCUGUACCGAAGGGGUUAUGUCUCGCCCCUGCUUAAAUGUUUGGAGGAAAGGGAAGCGGAGUACGUGAUGAGGGAACUUCAUGAAGGAGUGUGUGGAAGGCACACAGGAGGAAGGGCCCUUCGGGCGAGGAUUUUGCGAGCGGGAUUUUUCUGGCCCUCUUUGGAAAAGGAUUGUAUGGCAUUUACCCGAAAAUGUAAGGCUUGCCAGAAGCAUGGGAAUGUAAUUCAUGAACCAGCGGCUGAAUUGCAGGGUAUUGUGUCCUCAUGGCCUUUUGCACAGUGGGGAAUGGACAUUGUUGGGCCAUUCCCGACCGGGAGGGCGCAGAUGAAAUUUUUAUUGGUGGCAGUGGAUUACUUUACCAAAUGGGUGGAGGUCGAGCCGUUGGCCAAAAUCACUGCGUAUCAGGUUCAGAAAUUUGUGUGGAGGAUUAUUUGUCGUUUCGGGCUACCUAAGACAAUAGUGACAGACAACGGGCGGCAGUUUGUUGACAAGAAGUUGAUAGCUUUCUAUAGGGAAUGGGGGAUAACUCCGGUCACUAGUUCUGUUGAACACCCGCAGACGAACGGGCAGGCUGAGGCCAUGAAUAAAAUUAUCGUUAAUGAGUUGAAGAGGAGGCUAGGGGAGGCAAAAGGCACAUGGGUAGAGGAGUUACCUCAGGUGCUAUGGGGUUAUCGCUGCUCGCCGCACAAAGCAACGGGGGAGUCGCCAUUUAAUCUGACGUAUGGGACAGAUGCUAUGUUGCCGGUCGAGGUGGGGGAAGUUACUUUGCGGAGGAGGAUGGGGGAUGAGAGUCUGAAUAAUGAUAGGUUGAGGGAAAAUUUGGAUGUACUCCAGGAAAGGAGAAAAGCGGUUGCCAUUCAGGUUGAGGCGUAG